ACAGAUUUAAUACAAGAGUGGAACAACCUUGCCGAAGAUGAAGAAUAUAUGUUAGAGAAGUUUUUUCUUUUUUCCUUCAAAAGUUUUGUUUGGGGGCUUAUCUGCAGUUACUGUGUGAUAAUCAAGUCUGUUUACUUCAUCAGAAAUGUUUUUUACAAUCUCAAGAAAAAAUAUGUCCCAGAAAUUGAGUUUAUUGUUGCUUGUAUUUGGACUCAUUUGGGGAGUCAUGUUACUGCACUAUACUUUUCAGCAGCCAAGACAUCAAAGCAGUGUGAAGUUACGUGAACAAAUACUAGAUUUAAGCAAAAGAUAUGUUAAAGCUCUUGCAGAGGAAAAUAAGAACACAGUGGAUGUGGAGAAUGGUGCUUCUAUGGCAGGAUAUGCUGAUCUGAAAAGAACAAUUGCUGUCCUUUUGGAUGACAUUUUACAACGCUUGGUGAAGCUGGAGAGCAAAGUCGACUAUAUUGUUGUGAAUGGCUCGUCCACUAACACUACCAAUGGCACUAAUGGGAAUUUGAUGCCAGUAACCACAAAUAAAAGGAUAAAUGCCUCGGGCAGCAUUAGAUAGCAGUUGAAGAUCACCUUGUACUGCUCUAUCCAGUAUGGAUUAUUCCCUUUCACAGAAAAGCUUUUUAACUGCUGGAUAGGAGAGAGAACUACUUUACAAUAAAAGCCCAACAUAUUUU